AGAAGUCUGUAUGCCUGGCAAACACUAUAAAAACGGGAUCUUGAGGAAUACACAGCAUGUCUUAAAGAGGGAUGUGUGGGAGACGCAGAAAUCCCUGGUGACGUCACGGGAGCGCUCGGGAGCGCGUCAGCACUGCUUCCAGGAAACAGCGCUCGCGCUCUGAAGACCACAGUCGAGCCCCAGAAGCAUCUUCAGAGGAAAAACAACCGACAUCCCAUCGUUUCCAUCGUCUACCGCGACAUGACGAGCGGGAUUUAAAAUUACCUCUUCAUACGUCAACAUUUAGUUUUUUUAUAUACAGCACUAUGCCAGAGCAAAGCAAUGAUUACCGGGUGGUUGUGUUUGGAGCCGGUGGAGUGGGCAAAAGCUCCUUGGUCCUGCGCUUCGUGAAGGGAACCUUUCGCGAGAGCUACAUCCCCACCGUGGAGGACACCUACAGGCAGGUGAUCAGCUGUGACAAGAGCAUCUGCACGCUGCAGAUCACAGACACCACGGGCAGUCACCAGUUUCCUGCCAUGCAGCGUCUGUCCAUCUCCAAAGGACACGCCUUCGUCCUAGUGUACUCCACCACCAGCAAACAGUCUCUGGAGGAGCUCAAGCCCAUCUUCGAACAGAUCUGUCUGAUCAAGGGGGACAUCGAGAGCAUCCCAAUCAUGCUAGUGGGCAACAAGAACGACGAGGUGAGCGCUCGUGAAGUGGAGAGCAGUGACGGAGAGGCCAUGGCCAGGAGGUGGAAGUGUGCCUUCAUGGAGACGUCAGCUAAGACAAAUCACAACGUCAAGGAGCUGUUCCAAGAGCUGCUUAAUUUGGAGAAACGCAGGACUGUUAGCCCUCAGAUCGACGGCAAGAAGAGCAAGCAGCAGAAACGAGCCGAGAAGCUCAAAGGCAAAUGUGUGGUCAUGUGAAAAACCAAAACCAAAGUGUGCUUGGAAAACCAAAACGGUUUCACUUUCAGGACACUGAUGCUCUGGCUAACACUGUUUACACCUCAAGACAAGAAUAUUGGACAUACACUUACCAUAGUGCAUUUGCAGGAACAAGGACUGAGACAAACGUUUACUUUCUUUCUUCUGUGGAUCACAACAGUAACAUCUUUGAUGACUACGUUGGCUGCUCAUUUCCAUAUCACAAAGGUUACGCUUUAAAUUCGUUACUUCAGGAAUUAUUUCCUUGUUCUUUGACACAAUUUCCUGUGGAGAAAAAUGCCUAGCGAGCCAAUGUUAUCAUUUUAAUAUAACUUUAGCUUCUCACUGAUGUGAUUGUGAUGCUGCUACAGGUUUGCACAGAUUUGACCCUGUCCUAGACCACAUAAAAAGAGAAAAUGCCUGGUAAACAGAGGUUAAUGUGCAUGUGCAUCUGUUAUCAACAAUGUAGACUAACGAAAAGCAGUGCGAUCAGUCCUGCUCAUAGCUUUAAAUCUGUGAUGUGGAGAGCAGCGUUCCUUACAGCACAGGCUGGGAUACAGUACAUUAAUGUGCUGUACAGUAUAACAAAUACGUCAUAUAUGGCAGUUCAUGAUUACAUGCAUCAUCUGGAGCAGGUAGUAGUCAACUAAAACAAGCUAAAAGGUUUUUGUUCGACCUGCAAUUUAUUAUUAAAGUAAGGCUGCUAUUGUUUUAUUUUACUUCCAUAUGCCUUAGAUUGGACUUUCUUUUUUUGGAAAAAAAAAAGAGUUUAUAAAUGUGCAUCUCCAAAAAGAAAGUUGACUAUUUUCCUAGCACAGUAUUUGUAUCGAGGCAUAUUGUAGUAUGAAAGGAAAGAUCAGCUAAAUUCA